UAUUAACUGUUUUUUGAGAACGUUUAAUGAGAACGAGAAACGUUUUUUGAGAACGAGAAAUUAAAUUUAAAGACAGCAUUUAAAAACAAAAAAGACUGAAAUUAAAAAAUAAAAACUCCUACAAAUAACAUGAAUAUGUAGGUGCAUGUGUAACAAAUUUAUUUAGUUAGUUAUUUGAAUUGAAUUCCCCCGCAGUGUGACAAAUAAAAAUAUAAUAAAAUAAUAAUAAAAGUAUUAUAUUAUAUGUAAAUAUACACGCAUAUAUAAUAAAUGAUUGAAUCUUGAAAACUCUGAAUUGUAAAUUGCAGCCAUUUGGCCACAAGAGGGCGCCAAUUCCAAUGCCAAUUAUUCAUUUGAGCCACAAUGUUUGGUUCCAAGUAUGGAAAAGGAAAAAAAAGUACGUUGAAUUUUUUUAAUCAAGUACAUAUUUUAAUUAAUAUGAAGUCAUAAAAGUGCAUGUAAUAAUUAUCCAAAAAUAGAUUUAGAUUAACUAUAUUAUGUCUCCGCCGCCACUGUGGGACAAAUAUCCUUUUGCAGCUUCCUGCUGGAAUCAAUCUAUAGCAUGACCUCAACGUGUUUAUAAGCAUUCCUCCAUAGCAUGUUCUAACAAAUACAGAGUAGGGGAUAUUAGAACUGCGUGCAUGAUUACAGUAUGUUCAUGGAAUGGGAUCAAAUGGUGACUCAUGCCAAGGCUGUAACUUGAAUAGUAGUCUUGAACUUUGGGGGUGGGAGGCUUUUUUAUAUAAAGCAUAAAGAAACAGAACAGUGAAGGAAACUCUAGGUAUUGUUUCUAACAAUUGUAGAAAAAAUAACACUGUGAAAAAUCAGUUUAAAUAGUACAUUGAGAACUCAUGUUUAUUGUGAUAGUUACAAUACAGGAUAUUGUUAUAAGUUUCUUCACGUUAGUAAAUAAAUAUAUAGAUCUGCAAUUAGAAUUUGUUUUUCCCUAAUGGCCUGGUGGUAGAACUUUUGUUAACUGUGUCAGAGAUUCCAGGUUCUAAUCCGCCCUCGUAUAGUUUUUUUUUUCCCAUUAAAAUCAAAGAUGUUCAUCAAUGAUUGUAUAUCAAGAGCUGAGACACAUUUGUGUGCAUUUUGUUUUGUGAUUUCACUGGAAAGAAUAGAGUCUAUACAACGGCAUUAAGCAAUAGAUUGACGCGCUCGUCUGUGUGAAGACUAAGCACUUGCCAAAAGAGAACAUUCCACCACUGAUAGCAUUUCCCACGAACACUCAGCGUUGUUUUGAACACUCAGUGUUAUUUCUUGUCUCAUCACACUCAGUUAGGAAUUACAUGGAUCACGUAGCCUAAAUGCAUAUUUUCAAUUCAAAACGGCCAUUUUUGAGAAAAAAAAGUAGAGUAGUUUGCGUUGCUGGAUGUUACUGUCGAUCUUUUAACAUUUCUAUCGCAAAACAGCAGACGUAUUAAAAGAAGCUCUGCUUCUGUGAACAGUAAAGUAAACCCCGCCUACUUGGUUUUAUUGGCCAUCUCAAUCAUUUUGACUUUGGUUGCAUCCGAAAAACUGAAAAAUGGUGCCUUCGGAGGAUGCAUUCCCUAAUAAGGCAUCAAGGCACGUCAGAAUCCAAGCAUGUAAAUGUACGUUUUUGACCAUCUUUUUCCACUUUUGAUGUCAUUUCUAGCAAGAAAUUACUGUUGUAGUACUUAAAUAUUCGCCUAGUUAUCACCAAAGCAGUUUUGCUGUAGAUCAUUAAACCGUUAUGCUCCCUCAGAAGUCUGUCCAAAAUCAGUUUCGUAAGGUGCCUUUGUGCACAAGAGCUGCCUGCGAAGUCAUUGACUGAUAGGGCAGCGAGGCAACAAGUCAGCUGCCUAAGUUUUCGGAUGCAGCCAUAACCAGACUAAAAAUGUUUUUAAACAUUGUUUUAACUUUUAACCUUUUUGUCAUCCUAACAACAUACAGAUAGCUGCGCAAUGAAGUGCAGCAGAGUAGUGCAAGAAUUUUAAAUAUUGGGGGGACAAUUUUGCCACUUCUAAUUAUUUGUCCCCCUCAGUGUCUAUGGUGGUUUCGGCCCUGACUCAUGCACUGAAACUCACAUGAGGCUGUAUGCAGUGACACGCAGCAUUUGCACGAAUCAGAGAGCAGUUCGCUCACUUUGCCGUCUUGCAGGCAGAAUCCUCAACCGCAGGGCUUACCAGCUGGUUCCUAGUGUGGGUUUCUCCCACUUUAGCCCCAAAACUCUUAAACCCACCCAGCUGAAGUGGGGUGGAAUUUCCCAAUGCAAAUAAACAACUGUAAAAGAGUUUCCGAUUUUAAAAGCCCCUAUCGUGACUGCCAAGUUUCCUGUGAAGACUGAGAUACCACCACUGCAGAUGACCUAAAACCAAUUUCUGAGUCACUCUGAGCCCUCAAGACUUUGACUUUGUGUUUCCCAAGAGACACUCCACAACUAUCUAUGUUUAUUCAAACAUCCGUUUGGUUAUUCUUCUCUGUAUUAAAUUAUAGCUGUAGCUCCAUCUCUUUUUUUUUUCUGAGAACUUGGAAGAGGGGAAGGAUAUAUGGAAUUAAAAUUCAACAAUACUGAACGAACAGGAAGGAAGCAGAGACUGAGUGGUCCUGGGGAACAUGGGGAGAGAGUUCAAAUCCAGCUUUCUUUUCGGCUUGCAGUCCCUUGAGAUUCACUAACACAAGCCACUGCUGCAGGCAUGUGCAGACCACAACAACACUUUCAACAGGAUAAACAACCGUCUCAGCAGUCGUCCUCAUAUGCUAACUUGGAAAAAUGUGAUAUUUUAGACUGAAAUAAUAUUAAAUGACAAUUUUGUUAUUGUUUCUCUUACCAUAGUGCAUUGAGAUAUUUAUUUAUUGUCAAUCAGGAGAGAAAAAUAAAUAUUGUUUUACGGACGACAGAAGCGUGCGACGCAGGAAAACACAACAGCAUUUACAAAGCACAGAGAAUGUAGUUAUUCAGGUUGAAAUAAAAUAAAAUAAUAUUUUAAAAUUUAAUUGGCUGGAAGUUGUGAGACCAAGCUUUGAUAAAUAUAAUGAUGCAUUAGAAAAUUAGCUAUUAUAUUUAGAAAUAAAAUACAUUUUUAAAAAGUAAAUGGAUGGUAUAGUUAGGGGACAAAACUUUGAUAAACAUAAUGAUGUAUCAGAAAAUUAACUGUUCUGUUUUGAAUACGCUUAUAUCCUUUAUGGAAGUUUUGAAAAGAAAGAGUGGGAAAAAAGUAGGGCACAUCUGGUUUUACUUACAAAUCUUUUUGUGCUGACAUAUGCACAGUCACAUGGAGGGGAUUAAAAGGUUUUGGAUAAAUACCAGGUUACUGCAUGUGUGCAAUAAAGUUUCUUAUACUAGAUUUCAUAGGACUAAUCUAGAAGAGGCUUUCUCUUAAAAUAAACAGUCCAUGGGCUCUAGGCUCUUGGUUUCCUAGCUGUAGGUCUUACGUCAUGUUGAAGGAAAGCAGAGGGGAUGUGCAACUCCAGCCAACUUUCGGCAGGAUGAAGCCUGAGACAAGAGCCGCCCCCUCAGUUCCCCCGAUCCUUUCUCGGAGUCAACAGGAAAGACAGGGCCAGAGCUCUGAGAGAGCAGGCAGGGAAGAGACGAAGAGAAGAACAGCACUAAAGAUCACAGAGAACAGACUAGAUGUCUAACAAUCUUCCCACACAGGAUAAAAUGGAAAAGCAAAAGCUUAGGGCUGAAAUCAGUCCUCGAGUGUCCAAGAGCUCUGCACAGCGCCUUAGCAGGGACCUCACCUGCUCCAUCUGCCUGGACUUGUUCAAGCACCCGGUUUCCUUGCCCUGCGACCACACUUUCUGCGAGGCCUGCAUUACGAGUUACUGGAGCGGCCCUCGUGGCAAAGGCCAAGGUGGAUCUGGUUCCUGUCCUCAAUGCCGGACAGUCUUCCCUGGCCAGAGCUACCGACCCAACCGCAUUGUGGCUAACAUCGUGGAGAGCUACUGCCAGGGGAUCGAGGAAAGUGGGGAUCGGCUGUCCGGGUUGUCAGCAGACACGGUUCCUCCGAACCCAGUUUGCAGCCGACACAGAGAAGAGCUGAAACUGUAUUGUGAGGAAGACCAGGAGCUGGUAUGUCUGGUGUGUGGGAUCUCUAAGGAACACCGGGCUCAUACGCUGGUGUGCGUGCAAGAUGCACAGCAGAGAUAUCGGGCUUCUCUAACCACUUCUGCAAGUGCUCUUCAAAAAGAGCUCAACACUGCUCUAGAGUGUGAGAGAGAGACUGAAGAGGAGGUGAAGAAACUGAAAGACCACACUGCAGAUCUGAAGCAGAGAAUCGAGGCACAGUUCAGCGAGCUCCAUCAGUUCCUGUACCAGGAAGAGAAACUCCUGCAGGUCAAGCUGAAGACGGAGGAACGUCGGGAGCUGAUAAGGCUGGACGAGCACAAGGCCCUGCUCAGUGUGGAGAUAUCACGUCUGCGCAGAGCUAUGAAUGAUAUCGAGGAAAAACUCAGCGAACAGGAUCCUUACAAGCUACUCAGGAGUAUAAAGGGCCUGCUUCAAAGCAGACAGCCACCGAAGUUCGAGAGGCAGGCACUGACACCGCCCAGCCUGUGUGAGGGCCGCUUCGCUGGGCCACUGCAAUACAGAGUGUGGAAGUCACUGAAGGGAAGCAUCUAUCCAGUUCCCUCAGCCAUCACAUUUAACUCCAAAACGGCCAACCCCUGGCUCAGUCUUACAUCUUCGCUCACCUGUGUGCGCUACCAGACCUUCAACAUCACGGUGCAGGACAACCCACAGCGCUUCAACGCCGCCCUGUCUCUCAUGGGCAGUCAAGGGUUCACUAAAGGCCGCCACUACUGGGAGGUGGAGGUGUACAGCAGCACUGUGUGGACUGUAGGAGUCGCUCGUGAAUCCGUCACCAGAAAAGGAGUCAUCAAUACCAUGCCUGCCAAUGGCUUCUGGACGCUUUCACUGUCGUAUGGAGUUCAGUACAUGGCCGGGACCUCUCCACCAACAUUACUGUCCUUGGAAGAGCAAUUGGCGAGGAUUGGCGUGUAUCUGGACUACAAAAGAGGCCUGGUGUCAUUCUACAAUGCUGAGAGCAUGACGCAUCUCUACACCUUCAAGGACACCUUCACUGAGACCCUCUACCCUUAUUUUAACCUGGGCUUCUUGGAUAAAGUGCAUGAAAAUGAACCUCUUAAGGUGUUCCUACCCAAAAUCUGAAUUUGAGCUUUUAAUUUUUAUAUUAUUCAUAUUUCAUAAUAUUAAAGGGACCUAUUAUGCCCCUUUUUACAAUAUGUAAAAUAAAUCUCUGAUGUCCCCAGAGUGUGUAUGUGAAGUUUUAGCUCAAAAUACCCCACAGAUAAUUUUUUUUAAUAGCAUGUUAAAAUUGUCACUUUUUGGGGGUGAGCAAAAACGCUGUGUUUUUGUAUGUGUCCCUUUAAAUGCAAAUGAGUUGGUGCUGCGGUCCACUUUCAAGAAGAGGGUGGAGCUUCAAGAGCUCAUGCUCCGGCAUACCGGCAACAACAAAACAGGACAAUCUCACGCACUGAAAAUGUCAGAAAAUGUCAGUAGCGGUGUUCAGCCUUAUAUGUUUCAGAAUCAACCUUUGUGAAAAUCCAGCGUUGAAAAGACCCUCGUUUGUGAAGCAGUCAGACACAAACGUACAAGACUUUAACGAUUUUCUUCAGGACAUUUCCUUUGAAAAUGAAAUUUAACCACAAUGUCCUUAGUGACUCACAGGAGUCUAUGGAGACUCUUAUGUGCAUUGGUACAUCCCAAAAUGCAACACUUGUAAUGCCUCUUUGGCGCAGACAUUGUACAACUCCAGCUGCUUCAGCGAGGAUACAGAAAUGGCGGACUCUGCGCUUCUCACUCAGGGCUGUGACUAUGCUAAUAGGGCAUCUCGUCACCAGCUGUGGGCGGAGCUUCUCCCUCUGAUGACGUCAUUGUAGGGGGGAAUCUGAAUCAGCUUGUUUGAAGAGACUGCUUUUGAUUUAUGGGAAUUAUAAAAAAAAAAAAAAAUGAGUGAAUGGAUUUUUACCAUUAUAGGCUGGUUGUUCUCACACACUGCGGACACAUCAGUGUUACACCUUAUAAAAGUGAUUUUAUUUUAUAUUAUUAUUAUUAGUAGUAUUUUUUUUUUAUACAUAAACACUAGGCUGGACCUAGAUAUUUUAAGUUUUAUAAAGUAAGAGAAUAUGGUUUAAAUGUAAGAGAAUGGUCAUUUCCCCCCCCAAAAAAAAAAAAAAAAUGUUGCUAAAGCAUUUAUGUUUAUAACAUCUUAACAUUGCAGUGGGUUAGUGGAGGCACAUGGAAAAUGAAACCAAAUCACCAAAUCUUUAAAAAAUGGUUGGAAACCAUGGCUUAUGACCCUUUCUCACUUUAAUGCUGCUGUAAGUGAUUUUAUUUUGGACUAUAAGCAUAAGAUACCCUGACAUAUAUCACUGCCUUUGCAUAUACACAUUUCUGUGAUAUUCCUAGAUUUUGUAAACAAAGGGGCAAGUGAAGAUUUGGCUGGUCAGGGUCUAGUCCAGUGAGCCCCCGCUGGUAGAUGCAGUAACUACAUCAUUCUGGGAACAAUAAGCAUUUUUCUCUAUUGACAGUCAUUCAAAAUUACCUGUAUAUUUUGACUAUAAACUUUUUUUUUUUUCCAAGCAACAUCAACAAAAUGAUUACAGUAUAUAUGUAACCAGUGACGGAUUCUUUUCUGAAGGAUCUUAAAAGCAUGAAAAUGGACUUAAAAGCAUGAAAAUUGCUAUUCCCUUAUCUGCUGCCUUUGAUGUCACAGCUCAUUGCUGUAAAUAGCAAAAUAGAGUCAGUUCAUGUUAGUCACCAGUGAAAAUGCCACUUAUAUCAGCUUAAACUGGGCAUAAAGAAGCAUGGUCAUUAUACAAAUCCUGCUUUUAAAAAAGAAAAAAAAAAAAAGAAGAAAAUAUACAGAUGUAAACAAAAUAAGAAAUCACAUUUGGCUAUACAGUCUUAGGAUAAUGUGCACUCUUGUUAUAUUCUAAAAUCUACAACCCUAAUGAUUUUAUCAUUUUUAUACAAACAUGUACAAUCUCUGGAAGAAAUGAAUUAAAAACUAACAACGAAA